CAUGCACGUGCCUGUACUUUAUUUACAUUUGGUGGAAUAAAAAUGUCGGUAAAAGAUAAAAAAGAACUGCAGAAGAGCCCGGCAAUAGUUCGUAUGUCAGAAGAUGACGUCAAAUCUAUUGCAGAGGAUCUCAGACUGAAGCUGACUGCAGAGGAAACAAGCGCAGUUUACGAGUUUUGUGGGGGGAUAAGCAGAGCCUACCAGAAGGUUUAUGAAUUUGUUCCGCCAGCCCCUCCCGUCAAAUAUCCCCGGACCCCAGGCUACAGAGAAACGGAGGACAAGUCUUGGUAUUAUCGGUGCGACAUCAAAGGGACGGAGAAGGGACUAUUGGCGGGAAAAACUGUAGCAGUCAAAGACAAUGUGUGUGUGGCGGGAGUUCCCAUGAUGAACGGAAGUAAAAUACUGGAGGGAUUCGUUCCCGACAGGGAUGCUACAAUUGUGACACGAAUACUGGACGCAGGUGGAAGAAUUCUUGGUAAAGCCGUCUGUGAGGAUUUGUGUAUGUCUGGAAGUAGUUUUACGUCAUCAUAUGGACCAAUCGGAAACCCUUAUGAUCCAGCACGAUCUGCGGGUGGAUCCAGCUCAGGUUCAGCUUCUCUGGUAGCCAGAAAUAUUGUUGAUGUCGCCAUUGGAGGGGAUCAGGGCGGAUCGAUUCGGAUUCCAGCAAGUUGGUGUGGAAUUGUUGGAUUAAAACCCACCUAUGGACUGGUUCCCUACACCGGUAUAAUGUCAAUGGAAAAGACCAUAGAUCACGCGGGGCCUAUGGCCAGAACAGUGAAAGACUGUGCAGCCCUGUUAGAGGCGAUUGCCGGGUACGACAACGGUAACGAUCCACGACAGUUUCCGACAAUAUCGGUUCCUCCAUAUUCACAGCUUAUUGACAACGGGAUAAAAGGGAAGAAGGUAGCGAUUCUCAUGGAAGGUUUUGAAGAAGUAGAGGAAGGUAUUGCCAAAAAUGUGAGGGAUGCGGCUUACAAACUACGAGAAGCUGGGGCUGACGUCACAGAAGUUUCCCUACCCAUUCAUUUGGAUGGUAGGGAUUUUUGGACACCAGUUAAUUUAGAAGGGACGUAUCAAGAAUCGGUGAAAGGCAACGGUCACGGAUAUGGCUGGAAAGGAACCUAUGACCUCCCACUUCAGGAACACCUGACAGGUGCAUAUAAUCUCCGCCCCUUUGAUUGCCCCAUCAUGGUAAAAAUCCUCAUGGUAUUUUCUGAAUUUAUGCAGAGGAACUAUCAAAACAAAUUCUAUGCCAAAGGACAGAACUUGAUACAAUUUCUGACAUCGGAGUAUAACAGAAUUCUCAAGGAUUAUGACGUCAUGAUUUUACCGACACUUCGGGGGAAGCCUUUGAAACUUCCUACAACAGAUAUGUCUGUUAAAGAAACAUUGAGUCUUUUAGGAAUGUUAAGAAACACAGCCCCAUUCAACGCUACAGGACAUCCUGCUCUCACCAUUAACUCUGGAUUUAGUGAGGGGUUCCCUUGUGGGAUGAUGGUUGUGGGGAAAAUGUUUGAUGAAACUACAGUUCUCCAGGUCGCCAGAGCGUACGAGAAAAUUCGGGAUGAGACAUAGCGAAACAGCUAAGAUGCAUGGGUCAACCAAUUAUUUUGAAGAAAAUAAAGAACGGGAUGUUCAGAGAAUUUUCAGGGUUUAAAUUAAGUAUAUUCCAAAGUUUGAUGUUUAAUAAAAAAAUAAAAUAAGCUACAUGUUGUAAUUAAGGUUUUGAGUUGUAUAAUUAAUGGUAAAAAAGCAUCAUCUAGUGUAAAAGGACACCCUUUGCAUGCUCUCUUUAAUUUAAGCGGUUUUAGUGAAGGGUUUCCUUGUAGGAUGAUGAAAGUAAGGAAUAUGUUCUUUAAAAAAAACAGGUCGCUAAAC